GGGAUGUGAUGCUGGAGAACUAUAGCAACCUGGUGUCCGUAGGGUAUCAAGCCAGCAAACCAGAUGCUGUCUCCAGGUUGGAGCGAGGAGAACAACUGUGGCCAGUAGAAGAUGACAGCCAUGGUCGAAUCUGUCCAGGUCCUGACUCCCCAGGAGCAAAAGAAUCAGUAGAAGGAGGAAGAAGUUACAGGAUUUGGUAUCAGCAUUACUGGGGACAUGCUUGAUUGAAGACAGGUAUCAGAACAGAAAUUUAGAGCAGAUCCAGAAGACACAGCAACAGAGCCUUCUUGUUGCCAGCUGUUUUUAGAGAACGGAAGAAAAUGAUCCAGGCCCAGGAAACCCUGACGUUUGACGAUGUGACUGUGGACUUCACGUGGGAGGAGUGGCAGCUCCUGACCCCUCCUCAGAAGGACCUGUACCAAGAGGUGAUGCUGGAGAACUAUAGCAACCUGCUGUCUGUGGGUUAUCAAGCCAGAAAGCCAGACAUACUCUCUAAGUUGGAUCAAGGAAAACCAUGGACGAUGGAAGAUGAAAUCCACUGUCAAACCCAUUCAGGGUAUCAAGCCAGCAAACCAGUUGCUGUCUCCAGGUUGGAACGAGGAGAACAACUGUGGCCAGUAGAAGAUGACAGCCACGGUCGAAUCUGUCCAGAAAUCAGGAAAGUUGAUGACCUUCUGCAGCAUCACUUGCCAAAUCACAGCAUUCAAAAUACUGUGGAACAAUGCUGCGAACAUAAUACAUUUGCAAAUAUUGUUAAUCAGAGCAAAAGUCAUUUCCUGUUAAAGCAAAAUUGUGAUAUGUUUGACUUAACUGAAAAACCUUUAAAAUCAAAUAUAAGUUUUGAAAACCAGAAGAGAAGCUGUAACUUAAAGAACUCUGCUGAGUUUAAUGGAGAUGGGAAAUCCCUUCUCCAUGCUAACCACGAGCAAUCUUUUACUGAAAUUAAAUUUCCUGUAAGUGCAAAACCCAUCAACAAUAACUCCCUGUCCACUAAGCAACAGAGAACUCACAACAUAGAGAAAGCCCAUGUAUGCAGUGAGUGUGGGAAAGCCUUCUUCAAGAUGUCUCAGCUCUUUGAUCAUCAGAAAGUUCAUACUAGAGAAAAACCUCAUGGAUGCAGUCUGUGUGGGAAAGCCUUCUCCAGAAAAUCCAGGCUCACUGAACAUCAGAGAACUCAUACGGGACUGAAACAUUAUGAGUGCACUGAAUGCGAUAAAACCUUCUUUAAGAAAUCGCAGUUCAAUAAACAUCAGAAAAGUCAUAUGGGAGAGAAACCUUACACAUGUAGUGAAUGUGGGAAAGCAUUCACCACAAAGUGUCUGCUCAUUUAUCAUCAGCGAACUCAUACAGGAGAGAAGCCCCAUGGAUGCAGUCUGUGUGGAAAAGCCUUCUCUACAAAGUUCAGUCUCACUACACACCAGAAAACUCAUACAGGAGAGAAACCUUACAUAUGCAGUGAAUGUGGAAAAGGCUUCAUCGAGAAGAGGCGUCUUAUUGCACACCAUCGAACUCAUACUGGUGAGAAACCCUUUGUAUGCAGUGAAUGUGGGAAAAGUUUCACCUUGAAGAAGAGUCUUAUUCCACAUCAGCGAACUCAUACUGGAGAGAAACCCUAUACAUGCAAUGAUUGUGGAAAAGGCUUCACCUUGAAGAACCCUCUCAUCAGACAUCAGCGAACUCAUACAGGAGAGAAACCCUAUGUAUGUAGUGUAUGCGGAAAAGGCUUCACCAUGAAGGGUGAUCUUGUUGUACAUCAGCGAACUCAUAUUGCAGAGAAACCAUUUAUAUGCAGUGACUGUGGGAAAGGCUUCACUGUGAAGAGCCAACUGAUUGUACAUGAGCGAACUCAUACCGGAGAGAAACCCUACGUGUGCAGUGAAUGCGGAAAAGGCUUUCCAGCCAAGGCCCGGCUGAUUGGACAUCAGCGAACACACACAGGAGAGAAACCUUAUAUAUGCAGUGAUUGUGGAAAAGGCUUCAUUCAGAAGGGCAAUCUCAUUGUACAUCAGCGAACUCACACAGGAGAGAAACCCUAUGUAUGCAACGAAUGUGGCAAAGGCUUAUCCGCGAAAAGGAAGCUCAUCGCACAUCUGCGAACUCAUACUGGAGAGAAACCAUAUAUAUGCAGUGAAUGUGGCAAGGGCUUCACCGUGAAGAGUACCCUUGGUACACAUCAGCAAACUCACACUGGAGAGAAACCGUACAAAUGCAACGAGUGUGGUAAAGCCUUUAAGAAGAAGACACGCCUCAUACAACAUGAGAGAUUUCACUCACGAAAGAUCUUUGCAUGUACUGAAUGUGGAAAAUUCUCUUUGUGCAAAAGUGAUCUCAUUACCCAUCAGAGAAUUCACACAGGAGAGAAGCCAUAUGAAUGCAGUGAAUGUGGGAAAACCUUCACCACAAAGUCAGGGCUCAGUGUUCACCAAAGAAAACAUACAGGAGAGAGGCCCUAUGGAUGCAGUGAGUGUGGGAAAGCUUUUGCCCACUUGUCAAUCCUUGAUAAACAUAAGAGAAUUCACAGGUAGUCACUUUGGGGAAGCCUGUUGCCGGUUGUAGACCCUCAAGAUAAUAGUAUGCAGAGAAGAAUCACAAUGCAAAGAAUGUGGUAUUAUCUUUAGUGAUCAAUUACCUCAUAUUUUAUAUUGAUGAAAAAAUUUACAAAACUACUCGGAUACAAUCAGCCUUGGUGAAAAUAUUUUAGGACAUUCUAUGUCUAAAAAGUAUAUACUGAGAUAAAGCCUAUGAGUGUGAAAGACUAGGAAAGCCUUCAGUGGAAAUAAACCCUAUCAUAUGUGAUCAUCAUAGAUCAUGAAUGAAUGAAUAUUUCUAAUUGGUAGAAGUAUAAUUGUGGGAAAGCCUUUGCCCAGAAGUAAUUCCUCAACAGAUGUCAGUUAUCACUAGAAAAAUACUUUCCUGUGGCAAUGAAUAUGGCAGGGUUUGCAGUAAUAAAUAUUGCUUCAUCAUUUGCCAGGAAAUCCGUGCAGAAACACAUUCUAUAUGGUGGACUUUAACAAAAUAUCAGACAACUUAAGGAAAGAAGCCUUGGGGAAAUGAUGAAUGAGAGCAUUCUGUUACAAGUCUUAACUUAAGGGAUACUACACCUCACAAGCAACUGAAGGAUACCUUCAGCCAUAUUUCUAGUUGCCUUGUCAUUGAUCUUAUAAAUUUUACAUAGUGGCAGUUACUCUCAACAUGGAUUGAAUUUUCAGUAUUUAACUUUUGUAUUUCUUUGGUUCCAAGUUUGUGUUAUUUCAGAAGAUUUGAAGUACUUCAAAAUGAAAAAUGUACUCGUUUCGUAAGUAUAACAACAGAUUUGGAUGUGUUUACCAAGUUUGUAAGUACCAUCAGGGGGUUUAUAAAAUUAAUAUAAAUGUGAUGUUUUUAUAACUUUUAAUUUUGAAGUAAGUUUAGAAUCACAAAAACAAAUAUUCCAGAGAUUUCCUAAAUGCCCUUCGGCCCACUACUCCCAAAGGUAAAAUCUUUUAAUAACCACACAGUAAACUGUGUGGUUAUAUAAGGUCAAAUAGAGGAAAGUGAAAUUGUUACAGUGCUGUUAACUACAGGGUUUAUUUUGAUUGCACCAGUUUUAACAUGUAGUAGUUUUUGUUUGGUUUUUAUAUAUCGCCUUAAGAAACUUUAUCACAUAUGUAGGUUCCUGUAACCAACACCCCAGUAAAAAUUCAGAAUGCUUUGUCAACACAGACUCCCUCAUGCUAUGUCCUCAUAGUCACAUCCUUUCCCCGACACUAACCCUUGGCAUCACAGAUCUUUUUGUAUCCAUAAUUUUGUCAUUAUAGAAUAUUAGAAAAAUAGAAUCGUUUAGGAUGUAUCCUUUUGAGGUUGACUGUUCGACCUUGUGAAAUUGUAGAAAAUAGACAUAUUGGUCUCUGUCCCUGGUUUCUGGCACAGAGCUUCUGAAACCCUUGUAAAUUUCUACAUGAUAAGAGCGUGUGGAGCAUCUCUUACUCUAUUGAUGUGAUUCUGGGUGGGCUCCUGGAUGGGAGUUGGUCACCAGAGAGACCCAGCCAUGAUUAGAAGCUUGGAAUUUUCAGCCCACUCCCCAUCUUCCAGAGAAGGGAGAGGGGCUAGAAAUGGAGUUACUAAUUAAUCAUGCCUAUGGAAGGAAGCCUCCAUGAAAUCCCAAUAGUAGGUAUUUUGGAGAGCUUCUAUAUGGGUGAACACAUUCAGGUAGGGGGGAGAGUAACACACCGUAGCACAGGGACAGAAGCUCCUGUGCUUGGGACCCUCCCACACCUCGCCCUAUUUUUGUCUUCAUUUGGCUGUUCAUCUGUAUCCUUUAUCAUAUCCUUUAAUAAACUGAUAAACGCAAGUGUUUCCCUGAGUUCUGUGAGCCAUUUAGCAAAACUAAUUGAACCCAAAGAAGAGGUGGUGGGAAUCUCCAGUUUGUAGCCAAGUCAGACAAAUUGUAGGUAACUUGGGCACCUGCUACGUGUGAUUGGCAUCUGGAGUGGGGUGGAAGCAGUCUUAUGGGACUGAGCCCUUAACCUGUGGGAUCUGACACUAUCUCCGAGUAGACAGUGUUAGAACUGAGUCACACUUAAGGACCCAGUUGGUGUAGUGGAGAAUUGCUUGGUGUGGUUAAAUGCCCCACCCCCAUUAUUUGGUGACAGACAUGUCAGAAGUGUUGCAAGUGUGGCAGUAGCAUGAGUAAAAGAAAUACAACUAUGGAUUUUUCCACUAUAGACCUCAAGUAAAUUCAACCUUAGAUCCAUCCAGAAGCUCUCUGCACAUCUUUUCUGCCACAAGAAUAUCAGAGUUCAUGCAACUGCCCGUACCCAAGGUAUUCCUGCCUAAGGGUUCAAGGGCACCAUCAGUUUGCUGGUUUUGCCCAAACUGAUGACUAAAAUGCAUCUCAUACCACGUUGGCCUUGGAUAGGUGCCGGCCUCUGAAAAUAUAAUUUAGCUCUAUGCCUGUGACCAUCUCUUGCAAAGACAGGAAGGCAGUGGGGUGCCCAUAAGACAUUUCUGUGUCUUCCCACCCAGCAAAGUGAUAGCAGCCGUUAAAGCUGCUCCCGUCCUAAAUGCCAAAACCUCUGUGAGGUCAUGGAGCCAUGUGAUGUCAUAGGACCUGUGCACGGCCAGAACUCGGACUUCUGAAGCUAACCCAGAGCCCUCGCCAGACACACUCCUUCCAGGCGCUUGGCUUCCCUAGCAACAGCUACAGAAGCACUGCAGGGAGAACACAUCACAAUCAGAAGUGGUUUUGGACCGGGUUCAGCCUUUGGCAGCUUCCAGAGGAGUCUUCAGAGGCUCAAGAUCUGCUGAGCCUGAUUCUGGGUGAGGAUCCCCAGUGAGGGGCCUUUGGGGUCGGUGAAGAGGGAAUGCGUGUCAAUGACUGUGUUUGGGGUCUAUUUGGGUUGAGUCACUGAGGAAUCUGGGCGUUAGUGAUGGAGCCUUAAAUUAAGGCUUAAUCUGAAGUGUUUAAUGAUUGAAGGUCCUGUUGGUCAGGGUUUAGGGUCUAUAUGUUAGGUCUGCAAGACUCGGUAAUUGAAAACUGGAUGGAAGGUGUGAAACCAAUGAGCACUGCUUCUCCCCUAGGUUAGCGAUUUAAUAUCCAGCUCAUGAUCUGGAGAAGCCUGGAAUUGGGGGAGGAGUGUCAAUGGGCAAGAGUGUCUGUGGUAAAUUUCAGAUUGAAUUUGAGGUCAGUGUUGUUUAGGGAGUGCAGAGUUUGUCUGUGUUUGAGAGCACAGGAGUCGGGAAGUUUUGAGAUCCAUAGUCCCAGGCUAGUGGGUGUUUAGAGGCUCAACCUUUGGAUCCUUCCUCAAGGUUCCUAUUAAAAAUUUGUCUCCUACAUACUCUUCUCAUUGUCCCCACAAAAAUCAGAAUAAUGCACUGUGGUCAAGUGGUGUGUAUAGGAAUAAAGACAGGAUAUUUGUUCAUUUUACUGCAAAAUUUACUCUUGGAUAUUUCCUUUCAGAUUUCUUUGACACAAGUAAGAACAACCAUUUUCCUAAAUUCUACUCCUCAAUGAGAGCCAUUUCAGUGAAAAAAAAAAUUUUUCAGACUACUGUUCUAAAACUUGGGAUCAUCUGUAUAAACAUACAUUCAAGAAUCUCCCUAUCUUCUAGGCUGUAUCUUUUGCAUUGUGUCUGGCAAAUAAUAAAAGUUCACGUUUUUUCAUCUUAUAACCAGUAUUUCAUAUUUUCAGUUUUUUGAAUUUCAACAAGUCUGAUAGUUGGGUACUUGUAUCAUAUAGCUGUUUUAAUUUGCAUCUCCCUAAUAACAAAUGAUGUAGACCAUUUUUUUCAUAUGCUUGUUUGCCAUCUGUUAUCUUUGAUGAAGUGUCUGUUCAAAGUCUUUGCCCAUUUUUAAAAUUGGGGUUUCUUA